CAGAAUGAAUGACCUGCAGCGGUAGACGGGACUCUGUAACACCCACAGACAGUCCACGGGAACACCGGCCCACCGCUCCCUCUCUCUCCCCCUCUCUCUCCGGGCGGAGCGGGGCAGCUGGCGGUCUGUGCUCGGCUCGGCUCGGCUCGGCUCACUGCUAGCAAUGGCGAUGCGGGCAGGCCAGCUCCUCUCUCCGUGUCUUCUCGCGGUGGCUUUGUUAGUGCUCGCUAACGGACCGCAGUCGGUGCUUUGUUGUCCGAGUCGCUGUUUAUGUUUCCGAACCACUGUGAGAUGUAUGCAUCUGAACCUGGAAACCGUGCCAGCAGUUUCUCCUCAGACUACCAUUCUAGACCUGAGGUUCAACAAAAUCAAGGAUUUACAACCAGGUUCCUUCAGACGAUUAAAGAACCUCAACACACUCCUACUCAACAACAAUCAUAUACGAAGGAUCCCCAGGGGGGCAUUUGAAGACCUGGAAAACCUCAAAUAUCUCUAUUUGUACAAGAAUGAAAUCCAAUCAAUUGACAGACAAGCAUUUAAGGGGCUUGUCUCUCUUGAGCAACUGUACCUUCACUUCAACAACAUUGAGUCUUUGGAACCAGAAUCAUUCACCCAUCUACCAAAGUUGGAACGACUGUUUUUGCACAACAACAGAAUUACCCAGCUUGUCCCGGGAACCUUCUCUCAUCUUCAGGCCAUGAAGCGACUGCGACUGGAUUCCAACGCUUUAAACUGUGACUGCGAGCUGCUGUGGCUGGCCGACCUGCUGAAGCAGUACGCCGAGUCAGGCAAUGCCCAGGCUGCUGCCACCUGCGACUACCCCAGCCGCCUGCAGGGCAGAUCGGUGGCAACACUCACCGCUGAGGAGCUCAACUGUGAGAUACCUAGGAUCACCUCAGAGCCCCAGGAUGUCGACGUUACAUCAGGAAACACUGUCUACUUUACCUGUAGAGCCGAAGGCAACCCUAAACCACAGAUUAUCUGGCUCAGGAACAACAACGCUCUAAACAUGCGUGAUGACAGCCGUCUGAACCUGCUGGAAGACGGGACGCUGAUGAUCCAAGACACCAGGGAGACAGACCAGGGAGUCUACCAGUGCAUGGCCAAAAACGUAGCUGGGGAGGUCAAGACUUCACAGGUCACUCUGCGAUAUUUUGGAGCUCCGUCGCGCCCCAGUUUUGUGAUCCAACCCCAGAACACUGAGGUCCUGGUGGGGGAGAGCGUGACCCUGGAGUGCAGCGCCACGGGUCAGCCACAGCCUCGAGUCUCCUGGACAAAGGGUGACCGGACACCCCUCCCCAACGACGUGCGCAUCAACAUCACCCCCUCCGGAGGGCUGUACAUCCAGAACGUGGUCCAGGCUGACGGAGGGCAGUACACAUGUUUUGCUUCCAAUAAUGUUGACACCAUACAUGCUACAGCUUAUAUCAUCGUACAAGCAACCCCCCAGUUCACUGUCACACCACAGGACCAGUCAGUCCUGGAGGGUCACACCGUGGAUUUCCCCUGUGAGGCCAGUGGAUACCCACAGCCAGUGAUCGCCUGGACUCGAGGGGGCAGCCCGUUACCUCUGGACCGCCGUCACGUGGUCCUGUCCUCUGGGACGCUCCGCAUCACUCGGGUGGCCGCACAUGACGAGGGCCAGUACGAGUGCCAGGCGGUCAGCCCUGUUGGGACUGUUCGCACCGCUGUGCAGCUCAGCAUCCAGCAGAGAGUAACGCCUGUUUUCACAAAUGCUCCAAGGGACCUGACGGUGGAGUCUGGCCAGGAUGUCCAGAUUCCCUGCAGCGCUCAGGGCCAGCCGCAACCUGUCCUCACCUGGAACAAGGAUGGUAUACAGGUGACAGAGAGUGGCAAGUUUCACAUCAGCCCUGAGGGUUACCUGGAGGUGAAGGACGUCGGCACUGCUGAUGCUGGACGCUAUGAGUGUGUCGCCCGUAAUCCCAUUGGCUACCAGGUUGCUAGCAUGGUGCUCACCGUUACAGUACCUGCAGUCAGCAGAGAGGGCGACACCUUCGUGAGCACAUCCAUAGAGCAGGCCAUCCGAAAUGUGGACAGCGCUAUUGAGUCCACGAGGAGACGUCUGUUUGAUGGUCAGCCUCGUACCCCAGGAGAGCUGCUAGCUCUUUUCCGAUAUCCCCGUGAUCCGUACACGGUGGAGCAGGCGCGUGCUGGGGAGAUCUUCGAGCAGACUCUUCUGCUCAUUCAAAACCACGUUAACCAGGGCCUCAUGGUCGACACCAACGGCACCGCGUUUCGUUACAAUGACCUGGUAUCCCCCCACUUUCUGGAUGUCAUUGCCAAUCUGUCUGGCUGCACAGCCCACCGCCGCUUCAACAACUGCUCUGACAUUUGUUUCCACCAAAAGUACCGCAGCCACGACGGUACCUGCAACAACCUACAGCACUCCAUGUGGGGCGCCUCGCUCACUGCCUUUGAAAGACUCCUGAAGUCUGUCUAUGAUAAUGGUUUUAACCUGCCCAGAGGGGCCACUGAGCUGCUGCAUAAUGGUUAUAGGUUGCCACUUCCGAGGCUGGUGUCCACCACGAUGAUCGGAACGGAGACCAUCACUCCUGACGACCGCUACACUCACAUGCUGAUGCAAUGGGGUCAGUUCCUGGACCAUGACUUGGACUCAACAGUGGCAGCCCUCAGCCAGUCACGGUUUUCCGAUGGCCAGCUGUGUGCUCAGGUCUGCACCAAUGACCCACCGUGCUUCCCCAUCCAGUUCCCACCCAAUGACCCGAGGCAGCUGCGUAGUGGCGCCCGCUGCAUGUUCUUUGUCCGAUCAAGCCCCGUGUGUGGCAGCGGCAUGACAUCUCUCCUCAUGAACAGCGUAUAUCCAAGAGAGCAAAUCAACCAGCUGACCUCUUACAUUGAUGCUUCUAAUGUCUACGGCAGCUCACGGCAUGAAUCGGAGGAAAUCCGUGAUUUGGCCAGCCAGAGGGGUUUGCUUCGGCAAGGUAUCAUACAACGAACAGGAAAACCACUCCUGCCAUUCGCCACUGGACCACCCACUGAGUGUAUGAGGGACGAGAAUGAGAGUCCAAUCCCAUGUUUCUUGGCUGGGGACCACCGUGCUAACGAGCAGCUUGGCUUGACUGCCAUGCACACUGUGUGGUUCAGGGAACACAACCGCAUAGCUACAGAGUUACUGAGACUGAACCCCCACUGGGAUGGGGACACCAUCUACCAUGAGGCCAGGAAGAUAGUUGGGGCCCAAAUGCAGCACAUCACCUACAGUCACUGGUUGCCAAAGAUCCUUGGUGAAGCUGGCAUAAAGAUGAUGGGACCGUACGCUGGUUAUGACCCCAAUGUUAACGCCGGUAUCUUCAAUGCGUUUGCCACGGCUGCUUUCCGCUUUGGACACACCCUCAUCAACCCAAUACUGUACAGGUUGGAUGAGGACUUCCAGCCUAUCCCCCAGGGACACAUCUCUCUUCACCGGGCCUUCUUCUCCCCAUUCCGCAUCGUCAACGAGGGUGGCAUCGACCCACUCCUCCGUGGGCUCUUUGGUGUCGCUGGUAAAAUGCGUGUUUCAACACAGCUUCUGAACACAGAGCUGACUGAGAGGUUGUUCUCCAUGGCCCAUGCUGUAGCUCUGGACCUGGCAGCCAUGAACAUACAAAGAGGAAGAGAUCAUGGAAUACCACCAUAUAAUGACUAUAGGACCUUCUGUAACUUGACCUCAGCUCAGACGUUUGAUGACCUCAGGAAUGAGAUCAAGAACCCUAAUGUCAGAGAGAAACUGCAGAGACUGUAUGGGACUCCUCUGAACAUUGACCUUUUCCCUGCCCUGAUGGCUGAAGACCUGGUCCCUGGCAGUAGAUUGGGGCCCACCCUCAUGUGUCUUCUUGCAACUCAGUUCAAACGCCUUCGGGAUGGAGACAGGUUCUGGUAUGAAAACCCAGGUGUGUUCACUCCCGCCCAGCUGACCCAGCUCAAGCAGUCUUCUCUGACUCGAGUGUUGUGUGACAACGGCGACAACAUCACACGCAUCCAGCAGGAUGUGUUCAGGGUGGCCGAGCUGCCCCACGGGUACGGCAGCUGUGACGACGUCUCUCAGAUCGACCUACGCAUGUGGCAAGACUGCUGUGAAGACUGCAGAACUAAGGGUCAGUUCAAUGCCCUGUCGUACCACUUUAGAGGACGCAGAUCAGCUGAGCAUAGCUACACAAAGGAUAAGCCUGCCAACAGCAUCCUGGAGAACAGAUCAGAGGCAGCCCUAGGAAGUCUUGCAAAUGUUACUGUGACCUCCAAAAAGAGCACUGAACCCUCAGUUAAUGACUUUCAGGAUUUUGUCUCUGACAUGCAGAAGACAAUCACAAGCUUACGAAAGCAGAUUAAAAGACUUGAAACCCGUCUGAGCAAGACUGACUGCACUGAUAGUGAGGGGCGGGAGCGAAUAGAUGGAGAACGGUGGAAAAAGGACUCCUGCACCAUGUGUGAAUGCAGAGGCGCCCAGGUGACUUGCUUUGUGGAGUCUUGUCCAACACCUGAGUGCAAACGGCCCGUCAAGCUAAAAGGCUCCUGCUGCCCCGUGUGCCUGGAGCGGGCUGAUGCUGACCAGAGGCAAAAAUCAGACACCCGCCAUGAAUAACCCUCAGGACCCCAACAAUCCUCCUGACAAACACGUCUGAGAGUCAGACCAUCAGAAUCAGACAUAUCGAGAGAGAAGAUGAGACUCGUGAGGGUGUGCUGAUCCACAGCCACUAAUCACCUCGAUGGACCCAACAGCCUCGCCUCAGUUUUUUUUUUUCUUAUUUUAAAUUUUGUUUUCUUUGAUCAGGGGAGGGGUUGAAAUUUUUUCCUCCUCAUUUCUGCUUUCAGCAGCCUGAGGCUUGUUUGGAAAUCCUCUGGCAACAAGCCAGCAAUCACUAAAUGGACAUAUUUCUGGACCGAUGGGCAGAUGGAUGGAUGGAUGGAUGGAUGAAUGGACGGAUGAAUGCAUGGGUGGAUUAUAAGGAGAACAGACAACCCUCUCCUCCUUGCUCACUAAGGCUUCUGAAGUGUAAUAGCAUUUGUUGGCUCUCCUACGACUAACACUUGAUAACAAAACGCAGGACCAGUUGCCGUUGAUGAGCAGGAAAGGGAAGUAGAUAGAAAGUUGGCAGCCAUUUUGUUGUCUCACAAAAUUUUCUCAGGUUAGAGAUAAUGAAAACUGGUGCUAUUUUCCCCUUUUUUACUAUGAUUAAUCACUAAAUAUGAACCUUCAAAGUAUUGUCUUUUGUAUGCAAAGCAACUUAUAUACACUCAGUAUGUCUUUUAUUGCUACAACACAUUUGAAAGGAUUGUUUUAUUCAAACUAAAAGACUUUUUUUUUUGACUAGAGUUACUUCAUCUAUUAAUCCACGGUGCUAUAUAUCAUGUUAUUAUGUACUUUUUUCCCUUUUUGUAUAAAAAUGCUUACAUAUGAAGAUAAUGUGAAGCCCUAGAAAAAUGUUUGUAUUGCAAAAGUAAUGUCUACUGAUUCCUGCUCCUGUCUCCAUGGAUCACUUGUUAACCGACUUACUGUGUGUGCUGGCCGGUGCCGAGCUUGAGUGAGGUGGAGCCGUGUGGCGCUCGCCGUUGCAGGACACUCGAUCCAGCUCUCGCACUGUUGUGCUCCUUUGCAAGUUUCAUUUUGCUUUCAGAAAGCAGUGAAAGAAUAUCCAUUUUUACCACUGUAAUGUUGUGAACUUCAUCCCAGUAUUUUUCUAAAGCCAAAUGUAUGAUUUAGUAACUUCUAAAAUUACAUAAAUAGCAUGUCUCUAUCUAUGAAAGUGUAUGAAUGUCGUAAGGGUCAGGAUGCAGCCUUUGGUACUGCUAACUCUACCACAGCAGUAUUCUCCUUCUGACCUGCUCGCAGUUGGUUUUUAUUCAUGUAUAGACUGUAGUACACGUGACUGAAGGACUGCCUCUCUAACUGCUCUUCUCUGCUGUUGUGGACCUGCAGCUUUCUAGGCUCCAGUUUACACCAGGACACGCUUGCAUGCAUUCCUUUGUCAAGCAUCCGCUUUGACUCCUCCUUUUCCCUUUGAGCUUUGGUCAUGUGUGAUGUUUCCCCCUAUAAGGGCGGCUUUCAGUGUUGAUAUAGGUUAGGAAUGCUUACCCAGCUCAUGUUUCUUUGCCAUAUUGAAGAUUUUGAGUGUGGAGUGACGUCAUUCAGCGGAGCAUGUGUGGAGUGCAGGCUUCUCUCGCCCUCUGACCCUCAUUCCACUGUAAUGGAAGCCAUAUGAGAGGGGAGGCAGGGGUGAGGUUGGGGAGGGGCGCUGAUGAUGGGGAUAUAGUGUCAAUCACAGCAGGUCUUUACCAUGUUGGUAUCGUGAGAUGAGCAGGCCUUUCACAUGUGCUGUACACAGACAAACACCACUCCUUGUACUCCAUGCACUGGUUCGCUCAGUGUAACACAGGUCAUAUUUGUUGUUUUCCUGUUCUGCGUCGCUCCUAAUUGUGUCGAAGCAGUUCUAGCGUUCCUUCCCAUUGUUUUCUUUUUGUGGUAACGUCCUGAGCGUGCGUCUGUCACUAAACAGAAAUAAUACUCUGCGGAAUGUUCCAUUCAGGAUUCCAGAAGGAUUACAAGGCUGGAAGUCACACUGGUCAAUUAGUAUCAUAUCAUAUGUUCAAAUAUACUGGACAAGUCGAACUGUGUGUCUACAGUUGCGUAUUUUGGACUGUGGCUUCUCCUAUAAUACAUAAUGUUGCACCAUAUGAGUAACAACAUGUGUUCUAAUGUGCGUAUGUGUGUGUGUUUUACUGAAUCUUCUGUUUCAGUAUAUUAUCAUAAACCUUGUGCAUGGAUGAGUGUAUGAAUCUCUUUCUGUCUCAGUAACAGGCUAACUGCAUUUUGGUGAGCGUCCCAAGGUUUGGCUGCCAAAGCACUGUGAGCUCUCUUCGUUACCUGUCUUCAUAUUAACGUAUCUAUUGUACUAGUUCAUUUUUAUUUUCUGUUCUCUUCAUGGUUCCCCAUCUCUGUUUCCCCCUUAUAAAAGUUCCAAGUGUUAGUGGAUGCACUGCUCUGCAAGUCUAAACAUGCUUUACCUACACUGUCCCUUUAACUAGUGGUCAAUGUGGAUAUACUAGUACCUAUCAUGACAGUUGUAUUGUACCUUUGCCAAAGAAUGGUUUGCACUGUAAUGUAUGCCUCUCGACAGUAAUAAUAAAUAAAUAAGCCACAUUUAAAUUACA